GAGAACAUCCUCGUGUCUCAAGUGGAGCGCCCCCCCCCCAGACUAGAUUACUACAGAUCAGAUCCUCCGUCAGCCUCAGUGGAGGUCCACUUUCACCCCUGGACCCACGGGAGUCACAUGACUGGAGAUGGAUCCUCCAAGAGGAAGAGCUCUGAGCUGGAAGAGUCCGCCCCCCCCGGGGCAGACAUGUUAGGGAUAGCUGAAUUGGAGGCGGAGCUUCUGAGCAGACAGCGGCAGGAGGGGGAGGACCGGCGGUUAGCUUUGCUUCUGCAGAAGGAGCUGGACCAGGAGGAGAAGCAGAGAGCCACCGACAGACGCAGAGGGUCCUCAGACCCAUACCCACUCCGCCAGCCCACCAGAACCUCCUCAAAGACCUGCACCCCCUCCUCAUCUGGAAAACCCCCCACCAGACCCUCCAGGAAGACCUGCACCCCCACCAGACCCUCCACAAAGACCCCCACCUCCUCCUCUUCCUCCAGAAAACAAGCCACUCUAACCGAGAUGUUCUCCGGCUCUCCUUCUGUGUCCCGGUAGAGUUGAGCCUGAAAUGUCUUAGAAAGGCCACCAUACAGAGAACAACCCUUUUUAGUUUAGCUCACAACAGUAACUUUCUCUCAUUAGUCCUGAACGAUUACAGAAGUCUAUGAAUCACUGCUAACACUAACCCAAAGAUUACAGAGGUCCACAGCACUUGUUUGUGGUGAGAUGAAUCACUGCUAACCCUAAAUCACUGGAGAUCAUCAGUGACUUUUCUAACAUAUAAAACGGUUCUGAAAACGGAUGGUUCCGUCGAAUUUGUUGUUAUUUGGAGAUGAUUUUGUCUGAAAAGAAAAAAGAAAAAUUACACAUUUAGUUCAAAGUUCACAUGUUUUUUGUCUUUUUGUCGAAAAUCCUCUGGGGGGAAAAAGCAGUUUGUGUUUUAGGUGUUUUCUUUUCUCAGAUUAAAGGUAGAAGUUAAGGUUGAUUUCAAUCAAUAAAAGUGACAGUUUAAUGUUGCUUUUGGUUUGUUCAGCUACAGCAGAACAACCUGAGAGGUUUGGAGGGGUAGGAAGACCCUCACUAGUUCCAGGACUGAGACCCUCACUGGUUUCAGGACUAACUGCCCUCUCCACCAUCAGGCCAUCUCUGCUGGGA